AGAUGACACACAGACGGAAAGAAAUCCAGCGUUUCUCUCGCAUAACAGGGCAACAAGGCGCGAGUUGACAUUUACCAUGUAUAUCUAAUUAGCAAUCGCGGGGCGUUAUAGUGAGGGGAUGACGUCACAUGAAUAAGCCAAUAAGGGGGAGCACCCUCCAGUGUAAUGAAAACGCACCCACACGCAAAGCUGUCCGCGGGGACUGAGAGGUGAAGUAACAUUCAGCCGCCCCCCUCAGUGUCAUCAUGUUGCUCGCUUUUCUUGGACUUUUAGCUGUUUGGCUCGCCUCUGCGUCCUCCCAGGGUUGUGAACAGGGCGUGAUCGUCUCGUGCAUCCAGCCCAUGCUCCCGGUGUUGCAGGACCUCACCUCCAGCCUGCAGACCGGCAACAUCAACCUCGCAGCACUUGCACAGGCCUGCCCCGAUUACCGCACCUACAAAGACUGUACUUCCCCCCAGUGUCUACCCCCGCUGUUCAGAGAUGUUAAUCAGCUGCUGCUCGAGGCGUUCUCCUACAUCUGCGACGACGCCUUCUCAGGUACUAAAUAUAAAUAUGUACAUGGUUUUAGAGAAGCGGAAAAGAUACACGUGUGUAUUGAGGAUUAUGACAUUUCGCUAUCUCAAGUCUUCGUGAUUGACAACAUUACGCCUAUUCCAUGUGAAAUAUUCCCUGCAGACAUCCUGCGGUACAGGUCAUGCUGGGAGAAUUUCAACCUUAACGCCGAUUUCCGAGACUGCGGCUUCCAGGCUAGCGACAUCGGCUCCAGCGACAGGGACCCUUGCAGGUUCUAUGACGAGAUCGAGGCUUGUCUUGAUGACGUCACAAGGACCCGCUGUGGGAUGGACCAAGCACGGGUGAUACGAGGAUAUCUUAGCGUGGCUAAUGCGCAACAGAAACGAGAUCUACAGUGUGAAACAGCGCCACCUAUCGACCAAGGGGAGACAACAGCAUCUCCUCCAAAGUUCCCAGUGCGGUGCUGGGACUGCAACAGUGGCAUGUCACCUGACCAGAACCCACUGUGUCCCGUGAGCGGCAACCUCACCACGGAUCUCCUCACCAGCGUCAUGUGUGAUGACGCCUGCUUCGUGAAGACGGCCCGCUGGAAUAAACACAUUAUCUACCGUGGGUGUUCCAAGGGACAUUACUUACCGGAAGCUCUGGAGCGGACCGGAUGUCAAGAGAACCAAGCCGAGGGUGUGGUCUGGUGCUUCUGCUCAACCGAGAAAUGCAACACACAGGAUAUGACGUCAUUCUUGGAAGAGCGCGAGUGAACUGGUGCCCAUGUGUUUGAUCUAUGAUAUGUUAUGGUUCAACGUGAUCUUUGAAGACAUGUUCCAUCUUGCUUAACGAAUGUUCAUUUAACCAGGACUAUGGAAAGAUCUUUCUUUAAUUAGCUAAUCAUUCUCUAAUUAGCCAAAAAGAGGUUUCACAUCACAAUAUCGUGUCUCUCAUAAAAUUAACAACGUUGACUUAACGCCAGCGCAACAACCUAUCUGCUCUAAGAGACCGACCAUUUGAUAUUCUGGGGGGAAUAAAUUGUCCCUGAAAAUUCUUGAAAAAAAUAAUUAUGCUUUUGACUGUUGAAAAAAAGAAAGAAAUUGUACGCCACAAAAAUAAUAUUGUUGCAAUGCACUUUCCUUUUAACUGAAAAAAUAUAUGGUUUUGCAGCUGUAGCUUAAAAAAACUAAUUCUCAGACAAACUCACAGGCUUCACCCAGAAAAUCAAAUGGUCGGUCCCUUAUGACGACUUCCUGAGUUAGGUAAGGUGAGGGACGUGGAAUAGGGACUCAUGCUUGACAACGAUGGUUGUAUCUCAACUUCACGCCGUAUUAGUGUAAAUAAAA